AUGCAGACGUCUGUUGGUAACCGCAUGAGGUGGACGAGAGAAACAGAGGAUGUCGAGAAUAAAGUUAGCUUCCUUCGGGAUCAGCUGAAAAAGAACGAGAACCAAGUAAUUAUUCAGCGAGAGGUCGACAAAAUCAGAGAUAGAGGACGUAUUCUCAAAGAGCAAGUCGAUGCACUCGUUACGGAAUUCGAAACAAAAUACUACGAGUUGAAGUCCACUAGAACAGAGCACAUCAAGAAGAUAGAGGCGGAGUAUUCGUCAUUCUUGAUAAAACUAAAAGCUGAAUCAGCAAAAUGUGAGGACGUUUGUAAAUCCGGAAGCCUUCAGGAGGUGGAAGGUAUAAUUAAAUCUCUAGACGAACUUCUUAAUCACACAAGUCUUCCAAAUAUUGAACUCCAUGAUGAUUUCUUUGAACCAGUUCAAACAACAGCAACUGAACUGAAAGACCUAUUUGGUAAAAUGUGUGGCAACGAAAUUCUUAUUCCCGACAGAGGCGACGAGCUCUUAGACAAAGCGGAUGAACCCGAUGUAGAUAUGGCCGAUGAUUCCGACAUAGCAUCACUUCUUGAUUCUGAACACGGAGCAACUCCAAAAUCUACCUCUAUACAAGAAGAUAUCGCUUCCGAGAAAAGUUUUAUUCCGAGUGAAACCAGUGCAAGAAGCUACCACGGUGAUUUUGAUGAUGUUGAAAAUUCUAUACGAGAUCCUAGCAUUAUAAGUGAUAUAUCCGCACGCGAGGCUGGUUCUGACAAACUGCCUCAGGUCUCGAGCAAAAAGCUAUCGGCACAAUCGGGGUCGGAUGAUAUAGAAUCGGAGAUAAAAUCUAUUCAGAGCGAGGUGAUUUCAACACCUGGAGAACCUGUAUCUGAUCGAGAAAUAGCAAAGUCAGUGAGACCUGUGAAAUCUUCUGAUGAACUCAAGUCGGAGCCGAGUUCAAAACAUUCGUCUGAAGAUGACAGGAAAUCAGUCGCUAAGUCAGAUAAGUCCGCCGCGGAAGACUUUGUAGAGGAGGAUUUAGAUGUGACCGACACUUCACAUGUCCUUGAGAAAGAGGACGACAGAAAUAUUAUGCAAGACACCGAAGAUGAACCAGAGUCCGAAAAGUCUAAAUAUUCAUAUGCCAGUAGUUCUGAAGAAGUGGCUAAUUCAAAAUCUAGUAGUCUUCCAAAGUCGAAAGAUGCUGCAGAUAUUCUUUCUAAAGACGUCGUUACGAAAGACAUAGAUGAACGCUCUUUGAUUGGAGAUUCAGACCAUAAAGAUGAUGGGCGCGGCAGUGAAACAUCUCUGAAGGAUGAGGAAUUCAAGUUGGAACAGAACGAUUCUCUGUCGUCUGAAACAGGUAAACCCGCGGAAGAUGUACCCAUACAAAUAUCCAUGGAUGUUCCUCUUGGGCAAGAUUCUAGUAAUGAUAAAGCAAAGUUUAAGACUGACCAUGGACAAUUGGGCCAUUCUAGUGAUACGGAAGUCGCUGAUGGAAAAGCAAAAGGCAAACCCAUAUCAAAAGAUGAUUGGCGCGACAGCGAAAAAUCUAUGAAGGAUGAGGAAAUAAAGUUGGAUCAGGACGAUUCCCAGUCAUCUGAAACAGGUCAGCCCGUGAAAGAAGUACCCAUACAAGUUACUGUGGAAAUUCCUCUUGGACAGGAUUCUAUUGAUGAUAAACCAAAGUUAAAGACUGAUCACGGAAUGUUGGACCAAUCUAGUGAUACAGAAGUCACUGAUGGAAAAACAAAAGAUAAAGUCAUACCAAAAGCAUUAUCCCACUCUGUGCCUGUGACGCAAGAAAGAAAGGAAAUAGGCCGCGAAGCAAAUCAGGAUCAGGUUAAAAUUGAGGAAGUUCACAAAGAUGUUUCCAAGGAAUAUCCCAAAGGAAAAAGAUGUAGCUCAUGCUGA